CGGGACGCAAUGCGCAUUCUGGGCUGGUGAGUACAUCUGCACGUGACCUGACCGGUGUGGUGUGGAAAACGGUGACUAUGGGCUCUGAUAGUAGCCUUGACAUAGAGACGCCAUGACAUCAGAGGGAGGCAAUCAUAAGCGACCUCGAAUAGAGACGGGCAAUGGCGAUUCAAUAGCCAGGAUUCGACCGAGAACAUGGGAACGUAUUCUGGUUGCCAGUGGCGUUGGCUUCCGCGUUUAUCGAGGUCUACUGGCAAAGCGGUCAGAGGUGUUCUGCGACCUGUUCUCUGUCCCGCAGCCUCGGGACAGUCAGCUAGUCUUCGGCUGUCCAGUCGUUCAUCUUUCCGACACCGAUGUUGCGCUCAGGGAGCUAUUGGAUGUAUUGAUGUGCGGCAAGAGGUACAUCCUGAAGAACGAUGUCGAGCUAGACCGUUUGUCUUAUCGAAUCCGCCUUGCACACAAGUAUGGCAUCGAGGACCUCUUGGAGGAGUCCAUCCGCGAGCUGAAGAAACUUUACCCCACGACACUCUCUGAAUGGGCCGACCUACGGCGUCACUACUCCCCGCGGGCGAUAACCGCCGUCAACCUGGCGCGUCUAACCAAGACGCAUACCGUUUGGCCUUCCGCACUUUACGUCUGCUGCCAACUCGACGAUCAUUAUCUCGUGGAUGGCACGACUCAUCCCGACGGCACAGUUGAGAGGCUGGAUCGAGACGAUCUGCUGAGAUGUAUCACUGCAAAAGUUGACUACACGCAUCUAUUUACGGAUGCCAUCCACGAUCUAUUUCUGCACCUCGACUCUCCCUCUCACAAGUGCUACUCGAAGGCCACCUGUCGUCUGUUGUUCCGCUGCAUUCGCGGUGAAGCUAGAUCGCGGUCCUUUGCGGGCAUGGCCGGAGUGCUCGAACCGUGGGACAAGCUCCUGGACAAGUAUGACAGGAAGAAGACCAGCGACAUAGCUCUGGCUUCCUUAUGCGAGCUAUGCACGACCACUCUUCGCGCUCACACCAAGUCGAGAAUCACCGAUACGUGGGCUGACCUGCCACACGACUUCGGGGGCGACUACGACGAUUGGAACGAGGGAGGAGCUACAUCCGAAUCUGAUGACUGAAACAUCCUACGACUCGGGCCUGUGAAGACCACGCACAGAUCAGCUAGGUUGGAGCGCACUUUCAAGGUACCCGGACAUGAGGUGGACCUAGGACAUGGCAUUCCAACUUUGUCUAUAUACCGGGCCCAUGGUCGCAGAUUUGGAACGCGCAUCAUACUGGUGACUCGCAAUUCUCGACAUCCUGUUUUUACAAUACAUAUCUUACUAUACACGUACCUACUCGGGGAACGUACCGGUACUUGUUCCAUUUGUACAGAAACAUUGAUACCGUAGGAACUGGUACCUGCGUCGUACAGUCUUGCAAAUCAAGGAGGCCAAGAGCACAAUUAACGCUCGGCCACGACCAUCACAAACGACACGGCCGCGCUGCACAAUAAUAUCUACAUUUG